AUGGAGAGCAACCCGUGCAACUAUCACAGGGGGGCAAACCAAGGAAUGGCACGGGGCUAUGUUAGUAACGAAAAUGUGCGUAGCGUGGCCAACUACGGUAGCAUCAGAGGGGAGUACAAUGCGAAUCCCACCUCGAGUUUUUAUCUGCCAGCGUCGGGCUUCAGCUCGGUGAGCAGUAUGAGCAAUGUGAGCAAUGUGAGCAGUGCUGGCCAAGUGAACCCCACAGGUAACUACCCCCCCUGUGAGCAUCUCCUAAAUUCAUAUGCCUGUCUAGACCCCUCGCUUAGCAAAGGUGCGGCCAACUCCCACAUGAACAUAUUGAGCAGUAGCAUGGCUCCCUACAUGGGCAGCGCAGAUAAAGGGAAUAUUUUAAACAACUCACGUGGGUUUUUUGGGGAUUAUUCGUCUAAAGGGUUGGCUCAGAGUUAUGAUAGGAGUAGGGGGGGGUCGUGUGUGCAGUGUGCUUGUUGGGGGAGGACUGCAGACGGUGAGGGAGGCACUCUGGAUGCGGGCCUUUCAAGCAAGUUGUCGGGGCCGUUCCUGGGCUACGGCGUUUACUCGGCGGGCGGAGGCGCCCAUCCCAGCGCGAGCGCGAAGAGUGCCUUGGUGAAUAUCAGCUCAGUGAGGCAUCCUCCAGAAAACGCCAACGCAAGUUUCAAUGCAAGUUUCAACGGAGGGGACAGUUUGAGUUUUAAUGCGGGCAGCAUUUAUGGGAAUGCCAUCGCGCAGAGGUUGAACUACGGCUCCGGCGAGGGGGUGAGCGGCUACUUGGGCGGCAUCGCGGCGGAGCGGGCGAGUGCAGGUGGUCAGGUUAGCAGCGUGGGGGGACUGCCUAGCAACGCAGCGGGACUGCUUAGCAGCACGGUGAACCUACCAGCGCACCUCCUCAAUGCAAACGCGAACGCCUUCCAGCGGGCAAGCGAAAGUGUGGGACCAAAUGGGGAAGGCAUCACCCACCCCUCGACUGCACCUCACAACGCGUACGAUUACGUAACCCUAAAUCAGCUGUGCAGCAGACACUACACAGCGCCGCUCAGUUACACAUCCCUAAAUGGAUGUCUCUUAAGGAGUGUCCCCCCGAGCACUGGCAACAGCGUAACAGAGUUAAAUAUGAAGACCACUGGGGGUGCGAAGAAUACGACGAGUGGGUCGUUCCCCUCGGAUGGAAAUUCCUUUCAUUCAUCCUCUAUUGGCCUCUCAGGGGGGGAAAACAUAGACGCAUCUGUUGCUAUGAAUCCCAAUCGGAUAAGCAUGACCAUGCCGACCAUAAGUGUAGUCUCUCCUCACCCGAGUGGAACUACAAGGAAUGCUUGUCUCACAACAGCGGGUGUGUGCAUGGGUGCGCCCAUCCCAUGUGUCUCCUCUCCGAACGUACAAAUGAACAGCGUUACCCCUGGGGGGGGAGGACUAAACUUGAAGAUUUUGGGAAGCUACCCAGAGGCUCCACACCCCCAUGGAGAUGUCCAAAUGAAGAAUAUGAUUUACAGCAACGGGGUGAACCAGAGGAGCUUUACUAACGAGGCGAAUGCGUACAGCUGCCUAAGGGUCAACAACGAGGUGGUGCGCACCACUUUGGGAGGCGCCAUGGGGGUGGGCAAAACGGGGCGCAGCAGUCACUUCUACGUCAGGGGGAGUACCAACGAGUCGGUAGGCAGUCACGCGGGGGGGAGCAGUCACGCGGGAAGGAGUAGCCACGCGGGUAGAAGCAGCCACACUGGAAGGAGCAGCCACACGGUGUACCCUGCAGGUGCGCCCAGGAGGAACGAACGCAGAGAGGCGUAUGGAGGGCCCCCCCUGGACAGUGACUUUUUGUAUUCACAAAAAAGGAAGUCUUUCGCUCAGAUGGGCGAAGCGUUAGAGCCAGGGUGCUACAAAGAGGAGAGCAUGCCUGGCCGGACCGGCCGGACCAAUCGGACCAGUCGAACCAAUCAACCCAUGCACAGGCACACCCACUUGAGGGAGGGCAAGCUACUAAAUAAGCGAAGCUACGAUUUUUUUUCCCGCAGCGCUAAUGGGCGGCGCGGAGAAAAGGGCUUCGGCAGUUUCCACCAUGCGCCAAACGUGAAACGGAUAAGCACGCGCAUGAGCGGCAGGGGCGGUGAGGAUGGUAGUGACAUUGACGGUGGAAGUGACUCUGGCAGUAGAAGUGACGCGUCGUGUGACGAUCGUGUGAGGAGGAGUUACAAAGAGGGAAGGGAGAGCGCAAGAGGAGGAGGCAGAAACAGGGAGAGGAAAAGAAGAAACAGCCCGAGUGAUACCGCGUCGUCUGGCUGCUCAUUCAGCGACGACGGGGGAGUGUCUUCCGGGUCCUCCUCCGCGUCUUCCUUCUUUACCAGCACGGUGAGCGAUAAACUGAAAGGAAAGAAAAAGAAAAAAAAAAAAAAAAAAAAAAAAAAAAAGGGAGAUAAGUGUGCAGACAACUGUGCAGAUAACUGUGCAGGUAAGAGUGCGAAGGGAAGGCUGGCCGUCCCACAGCCGGGCAAGAGGAAGAGGCCAACAGUCAUCGAAUUUUUGAAUGCCAAGUGGAACAGAAGUUCGCACGCCGAGGGGGGCAGUGAAAGUGGAAGUGAAAGUAGAGGCGGGGGUAGAAGUGAGGGUAGAAGCCGGAGCAGAAGUCGGAGCAGAAGUCGGAGCAGAAGUCGGAGCAGAAGUCGGAGCAGAAGUCGCCGGAGUAGACGUCGCGGGGAUGACGGCGAAAGUUGCAGCCUGAACAGUUCAGGCGAUUUCGCGAAAAAGCGAAGGAAAGACCCCCCCGGUGGGAAGAAAAAAAAAGGAAGGAAUAGCAAUUUCGAGGAGGCAUGGAAAGGAGUGGGCGCUUCCGAGCGAAGCGACCUGUUGUCUUCGAACGGGGAUGAGAAGACGCGCGGAAGUGAGUGCACUGAGGGUGGCUCUGACCGCGGGGGGGCCCUAUCAUAUUCGGAGAGGGUGGAGGCGAGUGGGUUGGUCGACAGUGCUAGCGGUGGUAGUGCUGGUAGCGAUGAUGGCGCUGAUAGCGAUGACAGCCGUAGUGGUGACUCGCGGGAGGUGCACAGGAAGGCGGUAAAGAAUCGCACGGGGAAGGGAGCAGAUAGACGGGGCUCCAUUUCAGCUAAGACGAAAGGGGCAGGUGGAGCGAAGGUGAAUGUGAAGGGCGCGCCGAAGAGCAGGGAAGACAAGCGGGGCGAGGUGAACAGCGAAGGGGGGGAAGAGCCUAUCGAAAAUGAGGGAGGCGGAAGUAACGACGGUGAGGAAGGAGGCAGCAACGACGGUGGGGAAGGCUACAGCAACGACGAUGAGGAACGAAGCAGUAAUGAGGGUGUGAUGAAUGGUGCAUCCCCGAGGGAGCCCCCCAAGGAGGGCGCGGGGAAGAGCCUCACGAGCGACGAGCAUUCGGGCAACGACCCCACCACCGACAGCGAGGAGCUGUACGGAAGCAUGAGCUCGAGUGAUGACAGUGAGAAGGAUGGUUUUCGCUCUGCAGAUGGGGCCUCCGGCGAGGAGAAUUUCGAGGUGGGUGAGGAGGAAGUAGAGGAGGGCAGCGGUGGUAGCGGUGGUAGCGGUGAUAGCGGUGAUAGCGGCGGUGGACGUGACCGUGGCAACCGCAGCGAUGGCGAAGUGGGGGGGGAGGAAGUGCAAACGGGGGAAGGUGCCCCGCCGCAAAGCGGCACAGAGGUGAAGAAGAAAAGGAAGAAAAAAAGUAAAGUGGAGCAAGCGAACGCGGUGAAGAGAGAACCGAACGUGGCGCAGGAGAGUGAACGGAAGGACGGCACCGCGGCAGCAGAGAAGGGCGAAACAGCUCAGAGCGCUUCGUCAGCAAGAUGCACAAGCGAGUCGAGUGGGGGCGAGUCGAGCUGCGGAGAAACGAAUGGAAGCGAAACGACCUCAAAUUUUGAGUCCUCGGAGGAGAGCUCGGAGUACCUGCUGGACUGCUCGUCGGACGAGAUCACCAGAACGGAAGGCUCCUCGAAAGGAAGUGCUAACGGUGAGGUGCAUGUCUGGGGAGAGGCGGGCCCGGAUGGAGGCCCGAAGGAUAGUGUAAGCGGCGAGGUAGGCGGCGAAGUUGGCGGCGGUAUAGGCAACGAAGUAGGCAUCGGACUAGGCAGCCGCGCAAUAGGUGGUGCGCCCGGUGGCGCCAGCCCGGAGAGGCAACCCAACACGUGUGCGUCGUCUCUCCUUCGCGUUUGUAGCGGCGGGGUGAAGAGGGAGAAGAGGGAGAAGUGUCCCCAUGGAGGAGAGGCAACGAAAGGAGCAGAGGUGAAAGUCGUCAGGGAAAUGCCCACCUACAGGGAGGUACAACUCCCCAGCGGAGUGAAGUGCUUCCAGACGGAGGGCGAACCGAACGGCAAGUCGCCAGAAUCCCCGCGAUGCAACAAAGCCUGCCUCAUCAAGCACCACAGAAAAAAAGUCUACACAAAUUUGAAGAGCCUAGAUUACAUCAAGACGAAUGAAAUUCUUAAGGAAAUACAAAAAAAUGUAAUAAAAAAAAAAAAAAUAAAUAUAUGCGAAUGGAUUGUGUUGCUCUCCUACGUGUUUUAUAAAAGAUCUCGCUACCUGGAUUUUAAUAAAACCUAUUUGUAUAAUGCCAUGAAGAGGAUGUCUCCUUUUCUUUUUAAUUUAAAUAGAAGGUGUAAUGACAUGGAGAUAAGGAGUCUCUUCUUUUAUUUGAGCAAAGUGUUUAUCCUGGACGACCACUUCAUUUUCCGAGUCAAUAUUUUCAUUUUUAAUUGGUUCAUUUUGUAUGUGCAUAGAAUGAAAAUGAAAAAUGUGCGCUUCGUUCAGGACCUUAAUUUGAUGAUAAAUUUGUUCUGUGGAUUUUUGGCAAACAGAAGAUUCCGCAAUUACUCCCUUUUGUUCCUCAUUAAUGUCGUUUUGCAGAAUGGCAGGGGGAAGUGUCUUUACUCUGGGGGGAACUACCCCUACGUGUGUUCUCUCUACUUGUCCUUUCUCUCCAAAGUUGUUUGCUUGGCUGGGCGGCACAGGCAUGCGCUGAGAGGGUGCCGGGGGGGCAAGCGCAGCAGGGGUGGCUACCCGAGGGGGGAGGUGCAUACGAAGGAGGAGCGUAAGGAUGAGCCGCUUAAUGAUGAGCCGCUUAACGAUGAGCCGCUUAACGAUGAGCCGCUUAACGAUGAGCCGCUUAACGAUGAGCCGCUUAAUGGGGAGGUUCCAAAAACUGAACAGGGGACACUCGAGGAACGCACAGAUGGGGCGGCCGAUUCGAAAGACCCAGCGAAUGUGUGCACCGUCAGCGGAGGCAUCAUCCCAAAUGGCGAGCACACUGGGGAGACGAAGCCGGGUUUGAAGUUGACCGCUGGACCCCCCACCGCCUCCAAACGGCAGGACCUCAUCCUCCUGUACGUGCUGUACGCCGCGAGAAACAACCGCAGCAUUUACGUGAACCUGCUGAAGCACAUUUUGGACGACGUCCUGAGGUUCAAGCUCACCUACAGUUUCCACAGGGUGAAACUCAGGAGCAGGGCGCUCUACAAGAAGAUCACUCGCUGCUUCAAAAAUGUCAAAAAGGUUAUGAACAGGUCAGGCAGGAAGGGGAGGCAGCGGGGGGGGGAAGGCAGCCGCGAUGGGAAGUGGGACAAUCGCGUUAAGCGGAACAAUCGAGCUAAGCGGGACGGCCGCAUUGACGGCCGCUUUGACGGCCGCUUUGACGGCCGCUUUGACGACCACUUGAACGUGAAUUACUCCUUGGUGUACCUCCUCAUCGGGGUGCUCAUGGAGUACACGUGCUUUUCCUUCACCCGGUCCGUAGCGAGCUUCUUCAAAAACGAAAAGCUAGCCAGCCUGCACAGACAGCUCCUCUCCCACCUGAGAGACUACACAGACGUCACCUUCAAGUACAUGAAGUUUUUCGCCCUGGACAUGAUGAGGGUGUAUGGCAACAUCUGGCUGCGAAAUGUUUUCACCACCGUUAAUUUGAAGAAAAUGCACGCCGAGGUGGGGGGUGCAAGCGGUACAAGCGGUGCGGGUGCUGCGGACUGUGCGAACUGUGAUGAGGACUGCCUAUCCGCCGUGGGGGCAGAGCCAAGUGGGUGGAGGCGCGGCCGCACCGUUAAGAGGAGUUCAGCGAGCGCAGAAGUGAGGGCAGACGUGAGGGAAGACGUGAGAGCAGCCGUGAGAGCAGACGUGACGGCGAGGGGCGGCCUCUCCACCACCACCAUAACGGCGACCACAACCACGGUGAUUACCCUCCACGGGGGGGGUAACUCCCCGAGGGAGGAUGCAAACUCAGACCAGAGGGGAGCAGACCACCUAACCGAGGAGGGAGAAGCGCACCCAACCCAGGAGGAUAAUUUCACGCGAAGAAGUGCCGUGAUGGGUACCGCCAAGGGGGAAUUGCAAAAUGGAGCAGCGUGUGCCCAGAACGAGGGCCCCCCCCUAGAAGGAAAUGAUGAGGCGGCACCGUUGGAUGGCUCCACAGAUGGGGAGGCAAAGCUGAUGGGGAAGGAGUGGGUGGAACGUUGCGAGGUGGUCUCUUCCAAAGGGGAGGAGAAAAACCCGGGCGAGGGUGCCGAUGGGGAGUCGCCACAGGAACUAGACUUUCCAGAGUCACCAGCGGGGAAAGCAGCCAAAUUGAAGGCCCCUUCAAAAAUGAAGCCCCCUGACAGUAGGAACCCCCCAAAGGGAUUACCAAACAACGCUGGGGGAAGCCACUACGCAAAUGAAAGCUUCGUGGACGCCACUCUCUCCAUGUUGUGCAGAUGCCUGAAGGUGUUUAAGGGAAGUGCCUCGCUCAGCACCCUUUUCGACGUUCUGUUUCUUUCCUUUAUUGAGAGAAUUGAGGGGGAGAGGCUGAAGCGUUUUCUGGUGGAAGUGUUCAGCACAGAUGGGGAGCUCAGCGGGUUGGUGACGAGGAUAAUUCUUAGGAGUGCCCUUCGAGAGGAAUGUACCCGCGAUGUUAGUUUUGUGAAUUAUUUUUUGGGAAGGAGGGAGCCGCUGGAGGUUCUGCACCUCGAUUGGGGCGGCGCGCAGGUGGGUUUGCCCGACGUGCAGGUAGGUUUGGCCAACGUGCAGGUGGGCUUGCCCGACGUGUGUGCAUUUUACCUCAGGGGGUUCCUGCGGUGUGGCGGUAAACGGCGCAGGAGGAGGCAUAGCCGAGUUGGUAGAAGCAACCAAAGUGAUGGAAGCAACCGAAUUGAUGGAGGCAACCCAAUUGAGGGACGCACCGGGCAGCGCGCCCCCCGAGCGGACACCCCCGCCGCUGAAACCAACUACCUAACCGCGCAGCUGCAUGUGAAGCCCUGCCCCUGCAUGUUCCUCAUGUACGUCCUUUUCUUCUCGAGGAUAUUUAGAAACUUCAAAAUGUAUUUUAUGCACUUUACGAGAUUUUCCUAUUCGCUUCAGAGGAGAGUAGGGGCGAAGAGGGAGAGUGCAAAGAGGGGAGUGGUACAUGGGAAGGCGUCCAAGUGUCUGGAGCGGGGAGAACCACAGGGGGGGAAGCACCACGGGUAUCAGUGUAACUACUGCCAGAGGGGUGCCUUUUCGGACGGCGCUCCCGCGAAGGGGAAGAAGACCCGCAGAUGGGAUUCCCUCCCUGCGUUGGGGGAAGAAGCCAAAUGGAGCGACAACGAGGAGGUGAUGGAGAAGUACCACCUGAUAAGUGUAGAAAAUGGGGUAAGUAGGCCCCCCUUUAAGAGGAUGAAGAGGUGCUCAUCGGUCAUCUGCGCGAGAGCGAACCGGGAGGAGACUGCCCUAAUGCCAACGAAGCUAGAAAGUGUAAAAAUACGGGAGAAUAACUCAAUAGGAAGUGGUGACCCCUUGUUUAGCGACAGAACAGCUGAGCACAUUCUAACCGUCCUGUAUGAGCAUCGGAGGGCGCGCGACGUUCAGCUGGGCAGCGUGUUCGCCAGGAUCGACGGGCGCAUAUUCGAUGGGCAUAUGAAGAAAGGAACGGCAGAGGGGAAGCUGCCAGGAGGGAGGACCCAAGAACGCAUCCGAGAACGGUACGCACAGAUCCUGAGUGGCGUCCUCAAGUGGAACCAAAAAAACAUUGCCUACAAUAAAAGGAAGGAGGAGGAAAAGCAAAAGGAAAGGCUCAAGAGGAGGAGAAACAAAUACACAAACAUAGUGAUCGAUGUGUACCCCCUGGUCUUUCUCUCCCUGACGAAGCUACUUAAGGCCACCAUAGGCGUUGACGGUGAUGUAAGGGACAAAUGCUUCGACGUAAAGAAUGAGGAGUUCCCCGUGCAGCUGCACAUCUGCGUGGAGUUAAAUAAAAAUGAGGAGGCACUACAGAUUGGCCAGGCGGAGAUGAAGGCGCGUGAACGGUGCAAGUGGCAGUACUCCUUUGUGAGGAGCUGUCCGUGCAGUGGCAUUCGAUUUGGUGAGGCGCCCUCUGGUGAAGCUCCACCCUGCGCUCGCUCUGCAAGGGCAACCGAUCGCAGAUGGCCGCAACACCACCUGGGCGGAGCCAACUGGAGCCUGAACCUAGCCGUGAAACUCCUCUACAGAGAAAUAAAAACGGACUUUUACAUUUUGAGCGAGUACUACGAUGAGAGGGUGCACAUGUACAGGACGCUUCUAAUCCUGUUGCUGUUGAAAUACCUGUCGAGUGGUCUGAACCUCUCUUCCUUUCGAAGGAGGUUCAUUCUGUUUUUCAUUCAGAGGCUGUUCCGCUUGCUGUGCUUCCGAGUGAUGUGUCUGUUCUUGUCCGGCGUGCAUCUGAGCAAGCUGACUAGCGAGGUGCUCGUCGUGGAUGACGACUUCCUUGUGAAGAGCUACCAGGGGAAGUGCUGCCAGGCAAAGCGUCCGAAGCAGGGGCGCAACGCGGAGAGGGACCCCCCGGGGGGCACGCAACUCUCACCGCGCCGCAGCCGACUCUUCCAGAGAAAGUCCUACAAUAGGUAUAAGCGGUACGCGGAGAACUUCCUCUUCAACGUGGAGUUUGCGCGAGGAGGGGGGGGGGUUAGUGAGGAGGUGGGAAAAGCGGCGGUGGGUGGAGAGGAAGCAGACCGGGCGAGGCGCCCCCCGAGAAGACGCACCGUGUACAAGCCGUUCGUCCCGUUCGGAAGCCUCGUCAUGACGAAGAAGGAAAUCCUGCAGCUGAAGUUGCAGCGGGGGGAGGAGAUAAAAAAGGAAAACCUCUACAUAAGCAAGUGCAUUUUGAAGGGCAAGGCGAGGAGUAAGAGCAAAGGGGGAGCAGAAAUGGGAACCCAAGUGCCAAGUGAGGAGAAGGACUCCACCCAACUCUCCAUCGUAUCAAUUAUCCUCCUGAUGAACGCCCUCAGAAAAAAUAGCAACUACUCGAGCAGCAUCCAUUUUUACUUAAGUUUGUUAGUGGACAAAUUUUUGGAAAAAAAAAAAUACUUACAUGUGGAUGAGCAGUACCUGGUGCAUAGCUACCUGGUGAAUCUGCAGAACCCGUUGCAGAUGAAUAGGAAAAGGGAGCUCUUGUGCAUGAGUGAAAGGAACAGCUGGGUUAGGAGGAAGAUAGAACUGAUUAACAGUGGUUACAAGUUUUUUAUAUCGUCCGGUAGGUUCCCCCUCUUCGAGUGUAUUUUCUACGAGUCCCUCAAAGUGUAUUUAACGUUUUUGCACCAAAAUGCCUUGGGAGCGUUAGUCUGUAAAAUGUCUCGAUUCAAUAGCAUGUAUGCGGGGAUGAACAAGAAUUUGCAUUUCGGGAUGAAAGUCAACCACCUUCUUUGUUGCCGACUGAAUACGUUGCUCAUCGAGGAGCAUUUGAACAUGCGUCUGGGCAAGACUCUUUUCUGUGGCACCUCCAUCCUGUCCGCUUGCAAAUUUCUCUUCAUCUGUAUGCUGGAUGAGAGUGAGCAUUCUGAGUUGGCGGCGCCCCAGGGGGGGGAGUCUGGCCACCUGCGCGUAGCGGGACCAAUACGUCGAGUGUACUUCCCCGCCGAAGGGGACGACCCCAUGUUAGGCAGACCCAUGCUAGAGAGACACAUGUUAGAGAGACACAUGCUAGAGAGACACAUGCUAGAGAGACACAUGCUAGAGAGACACAUGCUAGAGAGACCCAUACCAAUCGGUGGGGAGUCGCUCGAACGGAAAGGACUCCAAGGGGGCGAUGCGUAUCCCAUGCGAGUGGGUCAAAGUGAGCCCACAGGAGGUGCUUCACCAGGGGAACGGCAAAAUGUGGCAAGCAUAUCAAAUUUGACGAGUGCCGCCUCUGUCGCCCCGCGGAGGUACAACCCGAACGAGCUAACGUCCGGGCGACUGGUGGUGGGGAACUGCAGAAGGGGUUAUGCAAACGCCGCGGUGGGGAGGCCAGCCGGGGACAGCCGUGGGGAGGGGCAAAUCGCCUCCCAAUGGUGCAGUGCCCCCUCACGGGGCUUCCCCCCCCAUAUCACCAUCGAGCGGCGCACCAAGUACCUGGUUGAGCAUUACCAUAACGGCGAAGGAACCAACGUGCCCAUCAAAAAAAAAGGAGCCAUCUACAUGAAGCCAAACGACGUAAGCAAGCUAAUCGCCUCCUUCCAGCUGAUGAACAGAACUAUCCUAGAGUGCACCGAUUUCAUGUGCGAGUUGUUCUUUUCCACUGGGAGGGAUGGCUUUCCACAGGAGCAGAAAGAGAAACGAAACAGACACGUCUACACAUGGUUUGAGAGUUGCCUCAACGUAUUUACCUUCGAAAAGUGGGUCGUCCACCAGCUCUACAAUAAAUUUGAUAAUGCCUCCUGCAUCUACAUGUGGAAGAAGAAAAAGAAGUUGGCUAGCCACGUCGUCAGAAUCAAUUCGAGCAUCCUGCGAGACAUUGCCAAGAUGCGGACUUACUUUGAGGAUCGCUUCGAUGAUGUGAAGAAGGCUUGUCACGCGGAUCGAGCGGCGAAGCAUGAGGAGAUUGAACCCAUAUGCACAGAACAUUGCGCAUCUAAUUUAGAUGCAGUGAGGGAGCCAACUUGUGCAGAUGAGGCUGGACAACUUCGUGCCAACGCGGAGGAGCUAGCCAAACCGGACGAGCUCAUUGAGGACUAUGAGGAGUUAAACUGUUUUAUCGAUUUUGAGGAGGAUCGAUCGUCCGGCAUGCUUCUACAAGGAGCGAACGCGCGGGCCCUGCAAGGGGAAGCUGGCGAGGAUGUGCAGCGGCUGAAUGAGUACAAGGUGGACGAAGGCUGGCUCACCUACAUCCGAUCGUUGAUUUGA